UUCAAAAACCUCACCCCUUUCUCUUCGUCCUUCCCCCAGCACACAUUCUCCCCUCCAAUCCUCGCCAUGAAACCCUACACCAUCCUCCCUUUCUUCCUCCUCCUUUCCCUCUCCUCCGCUUCCUUACCGAUCAACGUCUGGCCCAAACCCACCAACGUCUCCUGGCCAAUCCGCGUAUACUCCCUUCUCUCCCCUUCCUUCACCAUCUACUCCUCCCACCCCGAUCAUCCCCACCUCUCCCUCGCCGUCUCCCGCUACUCCGAUCUAAUCCUUUCCGAGCACCACCACCCCCUCCUCCCCCCUUCCCUCCGCUCCACCCAUCACCUCCUCUCCUCCCUCAACAUCUCCAUCUCUAACCCCUCCGCCCCUCUCCACCACAACGUCGACGAAUCCUACACCCUCUCCAUCCCCCUCUCCGGCCCCGCUCUCCUAUCCGCCUCCACUCCCUGGGGCGCCAUUCGCGGCCUCGAAAGCUUCUCUCAACUCACCUGGUCUGCUGGUUCCAAAACCCUAAUAGCCGCCGGGAUCCACAUCGCCGAUCGUCCCCUGUUUCCGCACCGGGGAUUGCUUCUCGAUACUUCCAGAAAUUUCUUCCCGGUGGAGGAUAUUCUCAGGACGGUGAGAGCGAUGAGCUAUAAUAAGAUGAAUGUUCUUCACUGGCAUGUCACCGAUUCGCAAUCGUUUCCGAUUCUUCUUCCUUCGGUUCCAGAUCUCGCCAUUAGAGGUUCUUAUGGGCCGGAGAUGAGGUACUCGCCGGAGGAUGUCCGGCGGAUUGUUGACUAUGCUAUGAGCUAUGGAGUUCGAGUCAUGCCGGAGAUUGAUGUGCCUGGGCACACGGGCUCCUGGGCCCAAGCCUAUCCAGAAAUCGUGACCUGCGCGAACCAAUUCUGGCUCCCUCCCAACAAACCGCCGCUCGCCGCCGAGCCCGCCACCGGCCAACUCAAUCCCCUCACCCCGAAAACCUACGAAAUCGUCCAAAACGUCUUCCGCGAUGCCGCCCAUCUCUUCACCGAACCAUUCUUCCACUCCGGCGCCGACGAAAUCAACUCCGCCUGCUGGGAAUCCGAUCCCGCCAUCGCCGCCUUCAUGUCCGGCGGCGGCACCCACGACCAACUCCUCCAAAACUUCAUCGCAAAAACCCAUCCUUUCCUCACCUCCCACCUCAACCGCACCGCCGUCUACUGGGAAGACGUCCUCCUCGGCCCCGCCGUCAAGAUCCCACCUUCCGAUAUCCCCAAAGAAACCACCAUUCUGCAAACCUGGAACAACGGACCCAACAACACGAAGAUCCUCGCGGCGAUGGGGUACAGAGUCAUCGUCUCCUCGUGGGAUUUCUACUACCUGGAUUGCGGCCAUGGAGGUUGGGUGGGGAAUGACAGUCGGUACGAUGGCCUGAAGUCAGGGGGCGACGGGGGGUCAUGGUGCGCGCCGUUUAAGACAUGGCAGAGGGUUUAUGAUUACGAUAUAACGGAGGGGCUGACGGAGGAGGAGAGGAAGAUGGUGAUUGGGGGGGAGGUGGCGAUGUGGUCGGAGCAGGUGGAUGGGGUGGUGGCGGAUGGGAGGAUAUGGCCGAGGGCGGCGGCGAUGGGCGAGGCGCUGUGGUCGGGGAAUAGAGGGGAGGAUGGGAGGAAGAGGUAUGGGGAGGCGACCAAUAGGUUGAAUGAAUGGCGGCAUAGGAUGGUGGGAAGGGGGAUUGGAGCCGAGCCCAUUCAGCCCUUGUGGUGUGUCAGGAAUCCGGGGAUGUGCAAUUUGGUCCAGUAGAAAAUUUGAAUUUGCAAUGAAAUUAAGGGAUAAUUAGUACA